UGCGGUUGCCCCAACUUGGUUAUAAACUCAAAUUUCUGCCUGCAACGCAGCAUGGAGUAUAUAUUCAUCAUGUUCCCCUCCGUAUCCUCUCACUCUCCCCUGAUUUCUUGGACAAGUUACAACCAUCCCUUUAACAUCUGAUCAUUGUGAUCUGAACGGAAUAAUCUCAAAAGUACUUUUUCUUCUUGCCUUGAACCGUACCCCCCUCCUCGCGAUUCCUCUCCACAAUGUCGCAGAACCAGGAAAUCAGGAUCGUCUCGGUCAAGAACGUUGAGAUCACGGAUGUUCCCAUCCCUGACCUCCCCUCUGAAGAGUACAUCCUCGUCAGGACUACGGCUGUUGCUGUCAACCCCUCCGACUGGAAGCAUAUGGUUUAUGCGGAAGAGCUAUGCUGCGUCGGCGCUCGUCUCGGCUACGACUAUGCCGGUGUCGUUGAGAAGGUCGGUUCUGCCGUCACCAAGGAUUUCAAGAAGGGUGACCGUAUCGCUGGUUUCACCCACGGCGCGAACGGCCAGAGGCAGUCGGACGGCGCCUUUGCCAAGUACAUUAUUGUCAAGGGUGACAUCCAGAUGAAGAUUCCCGAUCACUUCACCGACGAAGAGGCUGCCACCCUAGGCGUCAGCGUCGCCACCGUCGGCCAAGGUCUCUACCAGGCGCUCAAGCUACCGCUGCCCAACGAACCUACCAAGGAGCCCUUCCCCGUGCUCAUCUACGGCGGCAGCACCGCAACGGGCGUGUACGCCAUCCAGUUUGCCAAGCUCUCGGGCCUGAAGGUCAUCGCCACCUCCUCCCCGCACAACUUCGACUACCUCAAAUCCAUCGGCGCCGACGCCGUCUUCGACUACAAGUCGCCCACCGUGGUCGAGGACAUCCGGAACUACGCCAACGGCGCCCUGACCGUGGCCUACGACUGCCACGCCGGCGACGGCAGCAACGUUCUCUGCGCGCGGUGCCUUAGCGACGAUGGGGGCAGGAUCCACGCUUUGCUCGGCCCCAACGAGGAGGACAUCAAGGCCGUCAACCCCAAGAUCGAGUCCUCCUUCACCGCGGCGUACUCGGUCGUGGGAGAGGGUUACCACUCCUGGGGGAAGGUAGUUCCUCCGUCGCCCGAGGACUUUGAGUUCGCCAAGACGUUCAUGAGUAUUGUCCAGGAGCUCCUCGACCAGGGCAAGGUCAAACCUAUCCGCAUCGCCAAGAACAGGGGCGGCGAGAGCCUGCAGGGCGUGCUGAGCGGAUUGAAGGAGCAGCAGGAGGGUAAGGUCAGCGGUGAGAAGCUUGUGUACACCAUUUAAAACCUCGCAAGGUGGUGUAGCGGUCUCGCCUCAACUUAUAUAACGUAUGUUGCUGAGGAACCGGGUAGCUCAGCUGAGAUAGGCGCCUUAGCCGCGCUAGCGGCACCGUGACCAGCCUGAAUAAGCGUCGACAAUAGCCUUAUUAAUCGAUCUGAUCCU